GCCAGGCAGAAGAAAGGAGGGGGGAUCAUCCAGAAGACUAUCAUUUCCGACCUGACUACGCUCCGCCGUAAAACUACUUUAGGCUUUUCAGUAGUAUCCAAUCUUCGCUCUCAGAGGUCAACGCCCUCCACGUUACCAAGCUAUGGCAGACGAAGCAGACAUGCGCAAUGAGCUGGCUGACCUGCAGACACGGGGCGACCAAAUAGCCGAUGAGUCACUGGAGAGCACUCGGCGCAUGCUGGCUAUGGUCGAGGAGAGUAAAGAUGCAGGUAUUAGGACACUGGUCAUGUUGGAUGAACAGGGAGAACAACUGGAGCGUAUGGAGGAUGGCAUGAACAGGGUCAACCAGGACCUGAAGGAAGCGGAGAGAAAUUUAAAAGAUGUAGGACAGUGUUGUGGCCUCAUAUGCCCAUGUUUGGCCAAGAUAAAGGGAGGGGGCCAGGCAUGGGGCAGCAACACAGACGGAGUGGUGAGCAGUCAGCCUGGAGCCCGUGUCAUGGACGAGCGUGAACAGAUGGCCAUCAGUGGGGGAUUUAUCCGCAGGGUAACAGACGAUGCCAGGGAGAACGAGAUGGAUGAAAACCUGGAGCAGGUGGGUGGGAUCAUAGGAAACCUGCGCCACAUGGCUCUGGACAUGGGCCAGGAGAUUGACACUCAGAACCGGCAGAUUGACAGGAUCAUGGACAAGGCCGACUCCAACAAGACCAGGAUUGACGAAGCCAACCAGCGUGCCACAAAAAUGCUGGGCAGUGGCUAAACAGCUUCCCCCCCCGCAGCCCCCUCCACCACACUUCACUACCUAUGCUCCCUGAACCCCCAGCUCCACAACACAUUAUUGGGGCAGUGCAGACAUGCUUUUGUCAUGGUUCUAACACAUUAGGUUUGCACAAAAGCACAUAUCAGACUGUUCUCUUCCUAUCGCUCCUCCUCUUCCUCCUGUAGUAAACUGUAGUUUUGUGUAUUGGUCUGUCUCAGGUUCUUGUUGAAUUCCAGUCCUGUUAAAUGAUGGUGCCCUCCUCUUCAUCCCUUUGUUUGUCUUGUCAAGAGCUGUAAAUAGUGCUAAUUGAAUGGCAUUAGAUAAUUGUUGUUCUCUCUUUCUAUAAUUUUCUCCCUCCCUCUAUCUCUCGCUUUCUUUCUCUUUCUUUCAUUCUGUCUUUUUUAUAUGUGGGUUUGACAAAUUGUAGGUACAUCUUGUCAGACACGCAGCAGGAAUGCUUCUCUGUGAUGUAGUCAGUGUUCCAAUGUUGUCCAUGUAGAUCACAUUGCAGCUCUGUAUAGUUGUUGAUGUGAUACUUGAUGAGAGAAAUCACAGCAGCUCUGAACUGUGUCACCUUUCACUUUGUAAUCUUCACUAAUACCACUGCUACUAUUACUACUACAAAUACUAAUACUCUACUAGCUAUAAACAAAACACUAGGGCACUGCAACCACCACUGGUAUUACUGAUGUAUUUAAUUGACCAUCUCUGUUCAAUAUCUGUUGAUGCUGUUAAUUAUAAUUUUAGUAUUGGGAGCACCACAAUACUGUCGACUACUCCAGUUAUGUCUACAUCACAACUGACUUGACUGUAUUAUCACUAACAGUUAAGAAUCAAUCUGUUUAAAUCUGCAUCCUGACUGGGCUGUGGGUGCAGCAGUACCAACAACAGAUCAAACACAAAUCAAUAAUGAGGUGUCUAGCAAACUACCGUUGACAUUUUAGCAUACAGUAUAACUGAACUGAUGUUUUUAUCCUGUUGGUAUAGAAACUUGUGAGUGUAAUUAGGCAUGACCAACCAGCUAAUAGGAAUUAGCAUAUUAUGAAUAAUAAAUAGGUAUGUAGAUCUACGAGCCCCAUUGCAUGUUCGGUACACAGGGCUGAACCUGAUAUUGAGGAGAGAAAUUACAGUUUCUGCAACUUUGCAAUAGUGCCACUCUAUCUUUUAUGUUCACACACAUAUCUUUCCAGUCUGUG